AUGAAUAAUGACGCAAUGGACCAUUCCCUUGGUGGGGGCGUGAUUGCUACUUCUGGGUCCAAGCAGAGAAAGACCUCCAAAUUUGUGAUGGGUAAAUAUACGCUAUAUGAAACAAAGGAUCGCAUGUAUAUUGUUGGGAGCAAUAAAAGAGAAACCAUGUUCCGCAUCUUGGAAAUUGACCUUACAGUACCUCGUGGAGAACUCAGUGUGCUGGAAGAUAACGUCUUCUUCACCAGAAAUGAAAUUAUGAAUGUGUUGGCAAGUUUGGAGGAAGCCACUGAGAAUGGUUUACAUAAGAAAAUUACAGGCUAUGGUCUUCUGGGAUUUAUUAAAUUUACCUGUUGGUACUACUUGAUAAUGGUUACCAAGUACAGCCAAGUCGCAGUAAUCGGUGGUCAUGGUAUUUAUCAUAUUGACGGUAUUGACAUUAUUCCCAUAACAAACAACUAUAAGAAACCUGAAAAAAAUUCAGAUGAAGCAAGACUAUUGAAUAUAUUCAGGGAUUUGGACUUGACAAAAACCUUCUAUCUCAGUUACACUUACGAUAUAACAAAUACGUUACAAACUAACAUCUUGCGUGAGAAAUUGAAAGCUGUCGAUAGGUCCGAUAUUACAAUCCCUUCUAGGAUAACUGACUAUAACGAGAUGUUUGUUUGGAACAGCAAUUUGUUGUCCCCGAUUUUUGCCUGUAUUGACACCGUAUUCGACUGGUUUCAAUGCAUUAUACACGGAUUCAUUGAUCAAGUUAACGUGUCAGUUUUGGGGAAAUCUAUAUAUAUCACCUUGAUCGCCAGAAGAUCGCACCAUUUCGCAGGCGCACGUUUCUUAAAACGUGGUGUUAACAACCAAGGACAUGUGGCUAACGAAGUGGAAACUGAACAGAUUGUGACAGAUAUGAUUUUAACUCCCUUUCAUCAACCGGGAAAUGGAUUUUUCGACAGCGAUCGUUAUACCUCCUUUGUACAGCACCGGGGCUCAAUCCCUCUAUACUGGACUCAGGAUGCUUCCAAUUUAACCACAAAGCCUCCCAUUAGGAUUAAUGUAGUGGAUCCAUUUUUUACACCUGCUGCAUUGCAUUUCGAUAAUCUGUUUCAGAGAUAUGGCGGUGGAACUAUCCAAAUAUUGAACUUAAUCAAGACCAAAGAAAAGACACCAAGAGAAACUAAGCUACUUUGGGAAUUCGAGCAGUGCAUAAAUUAUCUGAAUGAGUUUUUACCGGCAGCAAAAAAAUUGGAUUACACUUCUUGGGAUAUGAGUAGGGCCUCUAAACAAGAUGGUCAAGGAGUUAUUGAGUUUUUAGAGAAUUAUGCUGUGAACACCGUCACAAGAACAGGAAUAUUUCAUAAUGGUCCAGAUUUUGCAUCUACAAAGAUUCAGGAAGGUAUAUGUCGUAGCAAUUGUAUCGACUGCCUUGAUAGAACCAAUGCUGCACAAUUUGUCAUUGGUAAAAGAGCCCUUGGUUGCCAGUUGAAAUCAUUGGGAAUACUUGAUAAUAGUUACUUAGAAUACGAUUCUGAUAUUGUGAACAUAUUGACAGAGUUAUUUCAUGAUUUAGGUGACACGAUUGCGUUACAAUAUGGGGGUUCGCAUUUGGUUAACACAAUGGAGACUUAUAGAAAGAUAAAUCAAUGGAGCUCUCAUUCUAGAGACAUGAUUGAGAGUAUAAAAAGAUUUUAUAGUAAUUCAUUUGUCGAUGCCCAAAGACAGGAUGCGAUUAAUUUAUUUUUGGGUCAUUACGCUUGGAGAGAGGGAUUUCCCUCUCUAUGGGAAAUGAACACUGACUUUUAUUUACAUAACGGUUAUACUUCCAACAUGCCAAAGAGAAGCUAUACUCAUUGGUGGAAUGACUACCAUAUCAAAAGUAUAAAGGAAUUGAUUACUGAGGAGCUCAUUGAAACAGGUAAUGAUAUCACUAGGGAAAAAAUUAUAAAAAAUGUUAGAGGUUAUCCUGGUGCCUUCGAUAACUACUGGAAUGAGUACUAUCUGCCAAGAUCGGUGACUUGGAUUCGCGAUCUUUUUGCAUACAACAUGAAUUCAACAAGAAGAUAUCAUAAUGCUCUAACCAAACAGGACAAAGCCAUGUCUCCAUUUACUUCCAGGAAACAGAGUUGGCUGAAUAACAAAUUAAAGAUGAUUACAUCCAACAAAACAUCGGAAAAGAUCACUACCGGGGCAGUUGAAGCUACUGAUUUAAACAAAGGCACUUCUGCCAAACAAGAAUUAGAGUUGUACGAGCAUUAUCUGCAUAUGGUAUCAGAAAAUGGCCAAAAGCUUGAAGACAAAAUGAAUUCAUUUUCUUACUCUAAAUACCCUAUAUUUAUUGAUUAUGAAAAGAGCGAGAUUCCACCAAUGAAAGACGUGGUGAAGGAAGCGCCAGCUGAUAUUACGGAUGAUUUCACCGAAGCGUACAAUGAUAACGAUGAUGAAACAAUAGUAGAAGCAUUGCUUAUAGCUCCUGAUGAUGUUCUAGUCGAUGAAAAAUUCUACGAAAAGGUCCUGGAUGUCGAUAAUUAUACACCCGUUGAUGAUUAUUCAACCGUUAUACAAAUAAAUCCCGACAAUUUACAACUUUAUAAGGAUUUGUGCAUUUCUGCAGAUAUACAACUUGAAUUUCAGUGA